AUGAGCCCAGGAUGUAUUGUUUUUCAUGUCAUUGACACAGUGUCAGUUCCUGCUCGCAGGAGAUCAGGAGAUUCAUCAGUGGUUCAUGGUUCAUUGCUAGAGCAGUUACACACAGCUAAAGGAGAAGGGCUCGUUUGGGAGUAUUCCCCCUUGGCGCACCAACGUGAGGCAUUGCACCGGUUUGAGCGAACGCGCUGCGGCCGCCGCGGGCAGUUCACCGGUUGGGAGCUUUUCCGGACACUUUGCAAUUGGUGUCGCCGCGAGCGACAGAGCGGCGAGCGGUGCGAAAAAACCGCCACGCAGGCUGUCAGCUCCGCGGGGAGAAGCUCUCGGACCGCGCUGGUGGUGUGGGCACUCGCCCUUCCACACAGCCUGGCAGGACUGCCACCGCGGGGACAGGCACCAAUUUCUGUCUGGCGCUGUGUCCGUGGAUGCGGACGGGACCUUCCUAACACCCGGAAGACUGUCUGCGGAGUCGGGAACCGUUGCUGCAGUGUGUUUUCUGAAGAACGGCGGUGGCAGUCUGUUGCAGAGCCGUUCAUGGAUUUUGUGGAUCGAGUGAGAGCUUCAGUCGAGAAAAGGGUGCAAAAUCCAGAGCUCCAAGAUCAGCUCACACUAGAAAUUGCCACCACAAAUGCAAAUGAAGCCUGUCAACGAGUCAUCCUGGCCCUUCCAGCAUCGCCUCCACCCACACUCGAUCAGCUCAUUGAGGAGUGCACGAGAAAAGCCACACUAAUGACAGAGGACUCAGUGAUAAGUCCGCGGGAAAGGGUGGUUGCUUCAGCAGCAGCAACCCCGAGAACUCCAGGGUCUGCAGGGCCUCCUCCUUCACAAGGGGGGAAAGUGGGAGCAGGGGGAAUCUUUUUCCUUUAUACUGGCAGAGCAAAUUGUACCUUUUUCAGAGUUAGUUUACCUUGUUAUAUGAUUUUAUCUUUCUUUCAGACUAGCAGAAUGUCAAUUUCCACAUUCCUGCUCAUCGUUUGGUUCCAGAAAAUGGCCAUCUACCCGUACACGGUGGACGCGUGGAUUGUUCCACAGCCCAAGAAAAAUGUGUGGGUCACACUCGCCCAAGCCUUGAAACAAGAUCACAUGUGUUUGUCUACUGCCUCAGCAGAAAAUCUGAUGUCCACAUGUUUAGUAGGGGUUCCAAGUAAGGGGGAUGAGUUCCCAAUUGGUCUGGUCCGCUCGCAAAAGCAGGUGAACGAAAAUAUAAUACCUGAGGCAGGGGAAGAGUUCUAUAGGCACCGAGGAGCUGUAGAACAAGUUAAAAUACCAGUGCAAAACCCCCUCAUUUUGUGGCAAAAGUGGAUCCUACACUUGCCCUCUGCUGAGGGAGAGCCCCAGGAAUUAGAACUCCUGGGCUCUGCAAAAGCUGAAUAUUGCAUUCAAUUUGAUUUUUCCCCAACCAAAGAAGUAAAACUAUAUGAGCAAGUCAAACAGUACAAGGUGGAAUUCAGGGCGGGUCAAUAGUGCACA